CGCCCUAACAUGUGACCAGAAUGCGCGAAGGCGGUUGGAAGGGAGGGCAGACGUCUCACGUAGUCUGCAGGAUUUAGCCGUUCACCUCUUGACAACAAAUUCACUCAGCAGUUCUUCAAGGAUUGUGGAUGAAAUAACUCGGGGGAAUUUCUUGGCAUAAAGUUGCCAUGAGCAGUGAGCUGAAUGUGCCCAUGGGCUCCCCCACCCCAGGGAACUCAGAGCGGGUUCAAGAUGGCGGGGGGAUGGACUACAGAGACUGGGUGCGGCGCAGUUACCUGGAGCUGGUCACCUCCAACCACCACUCGGUGCAGGCCCUGUCCUGGAGAAAGCUUUACUUGAGCAGGGCCAAGCUUAAAGCCUCCAGCCGGACGUCAGCUUUGCUCUCAGGUUUCGCCAUGGUGGCCAUGGUUGAAGUCCAGUUGGAGAUGCAGUACAACUACCCACGCUUCCUCCUCAUCUCCUUCAGCGUGUGCACCACAGUGCUGGUGGCUGUGCACCUGUUUGCCCUGCUCAUAAGCACCUGCAUCCUGCCCAACGUGGAAGCGGUCAGCAACAUCCACAACCUCAACUCGGUGAGCGAGUCCCCCCAUGAACGCAUGCACCACUAUAUAGAGCUGGCCUGGGGCUUCUCCACAGCCCUGGGCAUCCUCCUCUUCCUGGCUGAGGUGGUGCUCCUCUGCUGGAUCAAGUUCCUGCCCGUGGACUCUGGAGGUGCCAACCAGGUUGCCGUAGCAGCCGCCGAGCUUGCGCUGGCCAAGAUGAAUUGCAGCUCCCCUAGUGGUGGGGUUAAGCCCCCUAAACCGACCACCGUUCCAGGAAACAGCGGCUGGCAGGCAGCACUGGCCUCUACCAUUAUCAUGGUGCCUGUGGGGGUGAUCUUUGUGGUGUUCACCAUUCACUUCUACCGCUCGCUGGUGCGCCACAAGACGGAGCGCCACAACCAGGAGAUUGAGGAAUUGCACAAGAUCAAGGUGCAGCUGGAUGGGCACGAGAGGGGGCUACAAGCUGUGUGAUUUCAGCUGCUUGGUUUGCUUUACUGUUAUAGCCUUUGAGCUUUGUGGUGAGCUCCUUGUGAAUCAAUAGGUGGAAGGUGUUCUUUCUCCCCAAUCUAACAAGCUCUCUUUUCCUCCUCCACAUCCGGUCGGAUCAUUGUUAUUGGCUUCCUCGAGUCGCAGAGCUCCACCUACUGUGUGGAAGGUUAAAGAAUGAACAGACAUGAAAUGGGUGGCUUGGAUAACAUUGUGUUGACUGUGUGAAAGGUGGCCGAUUUUGUAUGUUGAUGCUAAUAAAAAAGAAUACUUAUUCUUUAGAAUAGUAAAAAUAGUCCCAUCACCCAAGGGUGUUUACCGGCCUUUUUAAGGGCUUUUUUUUGUUGUCUUCAGUCCCCUUUCAUUAGUGCCAUUACCACUUUAUAGCUUUAUUGCCAUGAUACAGGAAGUGUUGGAGAUUAGAAUGUCUAACCACCAUAUGUGCAAACAGGGCUGUGUUAGUACAUGCUACCACCAAGUUGUCCCACAUUUGGGUGUUACUUUUGACUACUCUGACAGUGCACCAGGAAGUGUGUGGUCAGGUGGACAACACCAGGUUUCACUGUGUGUGAAACAUUUUAAUCAUUGUUACAGGCCAGAAAGCUGUCAUUUCCUGCUUUCAAAAACAACGUUUGUACAGUGUAAAUGAGCCCCACUGGUGUCCAGAUGAGUGCGGAACACGGUGCCUCUUGGGGUUCCUGGGCUCCUCCGGCCUCAAAGCCCCUAUUGUCAAAUCCUUUACUGUAAAUGAUCUUCACAAUGCCAAAUACUUCCUAGCCAUCAGCAUGGCCAUUCAAAGCAAGCAAUGUCUCUGCUUACCGUGUGUUGUUUAGGUUACUUACAUUUGCCCAUAAUGGGACAAUAUAAAAAUGUGUCAAAUAUAUUCCAGUGUAUCUAAUAGCUAAUACGUUUCAGAUUUGUGCAUCCCUUUUUCUUCAUGAAACAUUGAUAAGCACAUAACAUUACUCCUUAUACUAAAUAAUUGUUUGUUUUCAAAUGUAAAUGUUUACAAAAUGACAGUAGAGGUGUUUGUAUUAACCAGGGAUAAAUAUAAUUUGCGCCAUUACUUUUUAUAUAAAAUGUAAUAAAAAAGGGUUAGAAUGUUACUAUAAUAUAUUGUUGGAGUGGGGGCUGGUGAGCUUGACUUAAAACGGCCUGUUUAGUAUUUGAAAUAUCAAAGCUUUGUGAAGACAAGUGGAGAGGUAUUGUCAGCAUGGAUUAAGUUGUCAGUUCUCUUGAAUAAAUAUUUAUCUGCUUCAAAAAGGAAAAGGUAAGAAAGGAAGAUAACAACAUUCCAAGACAAGUUCUCUGACCAAGAAUUGAAAAUUUUCUUUAUUUCACUGUGUUGAGAAAAGACACAAGUGCACUUGUAGUUUAGUUCUGAAAGGAGUGUUGAAAGCUGAAUGUCUGUAAGCUUGCUUUGGCUGUAACACAAUGUUUUAAGUCUUACUGUUUCUGCUUUCUUCAAAACAGACCAUGGUCAACGAUUGAGUAUGCAGUGAUUAGUUUGAGUAGUAACUCUUGGGAAGAUCAUUCUAUACAAAUGUAGUAUUCAGAGUAGGAUACAUACUGUUUCUGUGACCAAACAGACCAUUUUUAUAUGUUGACAAUACCAGUGCAGAACACAAACGUUGUAUUGGAAAUUAAAUAACAUUUUGUGUUAUGUUUUUGAUAAAGAAAAUUAGCUUUUCAUUUAUUUUGGAUAAUAACACAGAAGUAUGUUAUCUGGUUUAGUGUAUGUUUAAGGCUUUGUGUGCGUGGUUUGUUGUUCUGUGAAAUGGCAUGUAUUUUCAUACCUUGUCUGAAGUGUAGUCUCAUGUGGCAAAUAAACACAUUUUAUUUUGUUUAUUUCUAUGCCCCA